GGGUGUGGUGGUGUAUAAAGCAUCCUUUGCAUCCAUUUCACCAUCACUACAGCUCGUCCAAGGCUGACUUUAAUCUCCUGAAGUCUCUACAAAUCAGAUUUGCUAUCAUCAUGUCUGACCUCAAUACGGCCAUGGCCCUCAUCAUCAGCUGCUUCAGUAAAUACGCUGGCAAGGAGGGGAACCCACACACCCUGACGAAGGCAGAGCUAAAAGAUCUGCUUCAGAAUGAACUUGGAGAACUGCUGGGGAAAGCCAAUGACAAGUCAGCAGUGGAACGCAUCUUCAAGGAACUGGACGCAAACCAGGACAACAGCGUGGACUUCCCUGAAUUUGGCAAGAUGAUCUUCUGCCUCACUGUGAUGUGCCACGAGUACUUCAUUUGCAAAAAAUAGGGAUCUAAGCGCCACCUUGAGGCCAGCAUAAAGAGCUGCCUUCCUGUGAAAGAGGGUGUCCCAUGACAUCUGUUCAGACAAAGGAAUAAAUAUUUACUAGUAAAUAGUAGUAAAUAUUUAUUCCUUUGUCAGAACGGACAACACACAAUGAAAAUAAACUUCUUUUUCUUUGAAACA